AUGGACGAGAUUAAGACAGCGCUGGCUGAGGCCGAUCCCUUUGCCAGCUGGUGGCCAUUCAUUCUGGCCGGAAUUGUAUUCGUCGUGGGUACUAUCAGGACGUACAUGGGAGGACAACCUUGCCCAAAUGGGAACUCAAUCCCGAAUCGGGUUAUCGUCGUGACCGGUGCUAGCGGUGGAAUAGGGCGAGAGGUGUGUCGUGAGCUAGCCCGUCGAAAAGCACGUCAUCUAGUGCUAGCAUGCCGUGAUCCAGCCACCCAGGGUGAGCCUCUGCGUGAAUUACUACACCGAGAGGCACCUGAAUGCACCAGUGAGGUGUUACCUCUCGAUUUACGCUCCUUCGACAGUGUCCGAAGGUUCGCACGACAGGUUCAGGCGCACCAUCCGGCGGUGGAUGUGCUUGUGAAUUGUGCUGGAGUUAUUUUCCACCCAUCAGGACGCACAGUUGACGGAUUCGAGCAACACCUGCAGUGUAACUAUCUAGCGCACUUCCUACUGACCCAGCUACUCCGUCCACAACUGGAACGCUCGGAGUUCGGUGGUCGGAUAGUGAACGUGUCCGCUCACGGGUACACCGCUGCCAAGGUGGCUGACCAGACAGACCCGCUAAACCUUCGUCAACCUUCUGCAAGUGGACGAGAUGCCUUCUCGCACUCGAAGCUAGCCAUCGUAUUGGCCAGUCGAGCGUUGGCGAAAAGACUUGCGGCUCAGGGUAACGUCAACGUCAACUGCUGCUCACCAGGACUUGUCCGAGGUACUGGCCAUCUGCGCCACUCGCCCAUCAUGAAAGCGUUGUUCGCGAAGGUGCUAACAUUCCCGUGGAUGUGGAUGUUCAUGAAGAAUCCGACCCAGGGUGCACACACAAUCGUACGGCUAGUGACGGAUCCUGAGUUGGCCAGUAGCAAUGGCGAAUUUUACAACGAUUGCGAACGAGUUGAGGUAUCGGAGUUGGCGAAGGACGAUGAGUUGGCUGAAAGGUUAUACAGAGCAUCACUCCAGGCGGUUGGGUUGCCUGAUGAUCUGGAAGAGAACGUGAGACGAAAGAAGGAGUAG